AGGAGGAGAGUGACAGACAGAGAGGGAGGAGAGUGACAGAGAGAGCGAGAGAGGAGGAGGCGGUGAUGUGCUGCUCCUGCUGCCUCCCCGCUGGGGGAGCGGCUGUAGAUCUCGUCACCUCGUCCAGGGAUCUUUGCACCGGGAGGAGGGAGAGGGGGCAAAUCCUCCUUCCCGGGCUGGCUCCAUGGCUGCUGCAAUGUCAGAGGGAGCCAUAGCGGGCGGAGGGCGAGCUGGCGGCGGAGGGAGCGCGGUGGGGAGUGCGGCCGGUGCCCCCCAGGGAUCCCCGGGUGUCACGGUCUCAGCCGGCGGGGGAGCGGCAGCCCGAGGAGCUGAUAGCCCGGCCGGGGGAGGGGGACCUGCGGCUGUACCGCUCAGGAUCGCCGCCAAGAAGGGACAGCUCCGCUCCGCUCCCCGGGCUAAGAAACUGGAGAAACUCGGAGUGUACUCAGCGUGCAAGGCAGAUGAAACCUGCAAGUGCAAUGGAUGGAAGAACCCAAAUCCACCCACAACACCACCUAGGGUGGAUUUACAGCAGACAGUGCUUAGCCUCACUGAACCAUGUCGUAGCUGUUCUCAUUCACUUGCCUCACAUGUAUCUCAUUUAGAGAAUGUGUCAGAAGAAGAAAUGAGCAGGCUUUUGGGGAUUGUGUUAGAUGUUGAGUAUCUGUUCACAUGUGUGCACAAAGAAGAAGAUGCUGAUACCAAACAAGUAUAUUUCUAUCUAUUUAAGCUGUUACGAAAGUGUAUUCUACAAAUGGUAAAACCUGUGGUGGAUGGAUCAUUGCAAAGUCCUCCAUUUGAAAAACCAAGUAUUGAACAGGGUGUAAAUAAUUUUGUGCAGUAUAAGUUCAGCCACCUUCCAACAAAAGAAAGACAAACUAUUAUUGAGCUGGCUAAAAUGUUUUUGAAUCGCAUUAACUACUGGCAUCUAGAAACUCCCUCCCAAAGAAGGCUGAGAUCACCCAAUGAGGAUAACGCAGAUUACAAAGUAAACUACACAAGGUGGCUUUGUUACUGUAAUGUCCCGCAAUUCUGUGACAGUUUGCAGAGGUACGAAACUACCCAAGUUUUUGGGAGAACCCUGCUGCGUUCUGUCUUCACGGUCAUGAGACGUCAGUUACUGGAGCAGGCCAGACAGGAGAAAGACAAACUGCCACCGGAAAAGCGAACACUAAUACUGACUCAUUUUCCAAAGUUCUUAUCUAUGCUGGAAGAAGAGGUGUACAGUUUAAAUUCUCCAAUAUGGGAUGAAGAUUUUAUGUCUUCAUCAUCUCGAAAUAAUGAGCUUGGAAUUCAAACAGUUAUAAGUACUCAGAUUAUUUCGAGGUCUUGUGCCACCACGGCCAGUCCCGCAUCUUUAGAACAGUCUAGCACUGGAAGCUUGAGUCCGUCAGGUAAACCAACGAGCGGCCUUGAAGCAAACUUAGGUGACAAAAGGAAACUCAAUGAUCCUAUUGCCGGGGAAGAAUAUAAGAAGCCAAGGGUUGUAGGGGAUAUUCCUCUGGAACUGAUUAAUGAAGUUAUGUCCACGAUAACGGACCCAGCUGCCAUGUUGGGUCCAGAGACCAGCUUUUUGUCUGCAAUUUCGGCAAGGGACGAGGCAGCCAGACUGGAGGAACGGAGAGGAGUUAUAGAGUUCCACGUGGUUGGCAAUUCUCUAAACCAGAAACCAAACAAGAAGAUCAUGAUCUGGCUUGUUGGCUUGCAAAAUGUUUUCUCUCAUCAACUGCCUAGGAUGCCUAAAGAGUACAUUACACGACUCGUCUUUGAUCCGAAACACAAAACCCUUGCUUUAAUCAAAGAUGGUCGAGUAAUUGGUGGAAUCUGUUUUCGAAUGUUUCCAAGUCAAGGUUUUACAGAAAUAGUAUUUUGUGCCGUUACUUCCAAUGAGCAAGUUAAGGGCUAUGGAACUCAUCUGAUGAAUCAUUUAAAGGAAUACCACAUCAAACAUAAUAUUCUCAAUUUUCUGACUUAUGCAGAUGAAUAUGCAAUAGGUUAUUUCAAAAAACAGGGUUUUUCAAAAGACAUAAAAGUACCUAAAGCACGAUAUGUUGGAUAUAUUAAGGAUUAUGAAGGCGCUACUCUGAUGGGUUGUGAAUUAAAUCCCAGGAUCCCUUAUACAGAGUUUUCAGUCAUCAUCAAGAAACAGAAAGAGAUUAUCAAAAAAAUGAUUGAACGAAAACAGGCACAAAUUAGAAAAGUGUACCCAGGGCUAUCCUGCUUUAAAGAGGGAGUGCGGCAAAUUCCAAUUGAAAGCAUUCCGGGAAUUAGGGAGACGGGUUGGAAGCCAAGUAUAAAAGAAAGAAGUAAAGAGCCAAAAGAUCCGGAACAGCUAUACAACACACUAAAAAACAUUCUUCAGCAGGUGAAGAGCCAUCAAAGUGCCUGGCCCUUUAUGGAACCUGUGAAAAAGACUGAAGCACCUGGAUAUUACGAAGUGAUACGAUUUCCGAUGGAUCUCAAAACAAUGAGCGAAAGAGUGAAGAACAGAUAUUAUGUGACGAAAAAAUUGUUUAUGGCAGAUCUGCAAAGGAUAUGUACAAACUGCAGAGAAUAUAAUCCACCUGAAAGUGAAUAUUUCAAAUGUGCAAACAUCAUGGAGAAAUUUUUCUAUACUAAAAUUAAAGAAGCUGGACUUAUUGAUAAAUAAGCAUCAACUUGAUGUGCCUCGUUUUAUUGGCUAGCCUACUGUUUAUAGGACUUAACAUACAUACUCUUCAGAAAUAUAUUUGUUAUUUGUUCUUCUUAAUAUCUUUUGAAGAGAUGCAAUUUUUUUUAUUUUUUUUGCUAUCCAAUAGUUUAAGAUGCUUGAAACCUGUAGGUUUGUGACUACACUAUGUUUGAAUCAGAUUGUUUGUAUAUCUUGAAUUACAAAUUUUGUAUAUUAAUGUAUAUUAAUGUAAUAAAUGUAUAUUAAAGAUUGUGUGUAAACCACCAAUCUUACAGCACUGUGCUAGACUGGACAGAUAAAUAGAUUGCAGCUCUGCUUAUGCCGGACAUAAGUUAAAUCAUAAUCUAAUUUUAAUAUUUAUACAAAGACACUAAUGCUUUGCUUGGGAAGAUUUCUAAUUUACUAAUACUGCAUUUGUUUGAUAUAUAUUUGCUAUUUUAAAUAUAUAAACGACCCAUGGCAUUGUUCCUGUUGCAAUACAAAAAAUACUUCCCAGUUCUUUUAUUUUAUUAUAGCAAAAGUUUAGUAUACUGUUAUAUUUAUAUUUAAAUACAUACAGAUUUAAUGUAAAAAAUAUUUGGUCAAUUUGAGAAGCUCUUUUUUUAGAAUUUUGAUGCUUUUAAUUUUUAUGACUUUUAGUUAUAAUAUUGUACAAAGUAGAACAUUUUGAGAUUUUAAGGAAUUAUCCCCAAAACAACAUUUUAUGUAGUGGCACAAUUGUUUUUUUUUUUUACUGUUUUGUACCAGAAGAUUUUGACACUUUUUUUUUUUUUUGUGUGUGUGUGUGUGUGUGUGUAUGUAAAAGCUUUAUUUGGAAUUCAUCUAUUGACCAUAAUAACCACACUUGGGUCACGGUUUGUAAGUUACAAAGUAAUUUCACCCAUUGACACAUUUUUUUAUUCAAAUUGUUUUUUUUAUUUUUUAACCAUUUUGUUUUGUGGCAUAUGUAAACAAAAUAACAUUUUGUCAUUUAUAAUCCAGUCCUUUGCAAUACAGAAAUUAUACCUGUAUACCAUGAAGGUGGUAUACAACAUUAUGUCCCUUUCCCUGCCCCCUCUCCUCACCUCACCUAAAGUGUUACUCCGAGUACCAACUAGAAUACUUUGAAGUGGAAUUUGUUUGGAAUGCUGCAUGUAGAAAUAUAGCAGCUUGCUACCAGAGGUGUACCUUCAAAAGUUCAAUAGUUCUGGGCUGGAUAAUGUGAAUUCUGUGCAUAUUGGGCAUUUGUCGUUGUCAUGCAUAGCAUGCUUAUGACAAGUGACCAAUGGUAGCAUGAACCCCCUUUGCCCUGCCUUCCUGGGGCAUUGCUACCCCUGCUGUAAGGGGAAAUUAUGUCACCGGAGAAGGAUCAAGCUACAUGGAGACCUUGCCAUCAGAGCUGAAUAGAAGAUUUUUCCCUUUUUUUU